AUGGUGCUGAAGCCCGUCAUCUCCAAACUGUCUGCUAAACUGGUUGUGCUGGCAAGUGCAUCUCCACGGCGAAAGGAGAUCCUUCAAAAUGCCGGCCUGCGCUUUGAGGUGGUCCCAUCUUGGUUCAAAGAAACCCUUGACAAGACACUUUUUAAAGCCCCUCAUCAGUACGCGGUGGAGACGGCCAAGCAGAAAGCACUGGAGGUAGCGAGGAGGUUACCCUGUAAUCACUUAAAAACUCCAGACAUAGUGAUCGGAGCGGACACUAUUGUGACUAUAAAUGGCAUGAUUUUGGAGAAGCCACAAGACAAGAAAGAUGCAUACAGGAUGCUCUCAAGUUUGAGUGGUAAAGAACACAGUGUCUUCACAGGCGUCGCCAUUGUCCUCUGUCAUAAGAAAACAAAUGGCGAGGAUUUCCAGAUUGUGGACUUCUACGAAGAAACUAAGGUGAAGUUUGCUGACCUCUCGGAAGAAAUGAUGUUGGAAUACAUUAACAGCGGUGAACCAAUGGAUAAGGCGGGUGGCUAUGGCAUCCAGGGGCUCGGUGGGAUGCUGGUGGAGUACGUGCACGGAGACUUUUUCAACGUGGUGGGUUUUCCCCUAAACCACUUCUGUAAACAGAUGAACCAAAUUUACAACCAACAAGGAGACGCUCCCCAAGGUCAGCAAGCCACAAAUCAUCCGCCACCUACCCCUUCGUGCACGGACACCGCACUUCCUGUCAAGCAGGUCGGCUUGUGUGAACACUCUGAGAAAUCGCAAGUUGCGACCGACAGCUCCGGGCAAUCCGUAGAGGACCUGCAGAAAUGUCUGGGGUAG